GGUAUGAAACGUCAAUUUUGGCAUUUCGAAAUGGCGGUCAACGUUUCACUACUGUAAACAAUAAUUAAAGUUAUCGUAUUAACGAACUAUUAAAAUGCAUAUUAAACAGGUGAUAAUCCAGGGUUUUAAGAGUUAUCGGGAGCAAAUUGUUGUGGAACCGUUCGACAAACGACAUAAUGUUGUGGUUGGACGUAACGGUUCCGGAAAAAGUAACUUUUUCCAUGCUAUACAGUUUGUGUUGAGUGAUGAGUUCUCUCAUCUAAGACCUGAACAGCGUCUUGCUCUACUGCACGAAGGUACCGGUCCGAGAGUCAUAUCCGCUUUCGUCGAGAUCAUAUUCGACAAUUCUGACAACAGAAUACCUAUUGAAAAAGAUGAGAUCUUCCUUCGGCGUGUCAUUGGAUCUAAGAAAGAUCAGUUCUUCCUCAACAAGAAAGUGGUGCCUCGGUCAGAGGUACUGAAUCUUCUUGAGAGUGCCGGUCUGUCUAACUCCAAUCCUUACUAUAUUGUGAAGCAAGGAAAAAUUAAUCAAAUGGCCAUAGCUCCAGAUUCACACAGAUUGAAGCUAUUGAGAGAAGUGGCUGGUACCAGAGUGUAUGAUGAGCGCAGAGAAGAGUCUGUCACUAUUCUGAAAGAGACAGUAGGGAAGGUCGAGAAAAUCAACGAAUUCUUGCAAACCAUCGAGGAGCGUCUUAAGACGUUAGAGGAAGAGAAAGAAGAAUUAAAAGAGUAUCAGAAGUGGGACCGAGCGCGGCGCGUGCUAGAGUUCAUCAUACACGACACGGAGCACAGGGAGAACAAGAGGAAACUGGAAGAGUUGGAGAAAAUGCGGUCUAACAGUGGCAAGGAGCAGCAACAUUACGCCGACAUGGUGAGAGAGGCACAGGAACAUGUCAGGGAGGCCAACAGAAAACUCAAGGAAGCUCGUAAAGACGUGGCCGCGGCUCGUGAAGAGAAAGACAUUCUGUCUACUGAACAGCAACAACUAUUGAGGGAGAAGACCAAGCUGGAGCUGGGCAUCAAGGACUUGUCUGAUGAUGUGGAUGGAGACAACAAGUCAAAGGAAAGAGCUGAAGCAGAACUCGAGCGUCUAAGACAGCAGAUAGCCGAAAAGGAGCGCGAGCUUGAAGAACUGAAACCCAAAUACGAAGAGAUGAAGGCGCGCGAGGAGGAGUGCACGCGAGCGCUCGCCCUCAACCAGCAGAAGCGCCAGGAACUGUACGCCAAGCAGGGCAGGGGGACACAGUUCACCUCCAAGCAGGACAGGGACCGCUGGAUCGAGAAGGAACUCAAGUCUCUAAACAAACAAAUAAAAGACAAGAAGGAUCACGAGACGAAACUCCGUGACGACCUUCGCCGCGACGCGACCAAGCUGACGGAACUCGAGAAGAGAAUAGAAGAGACCACGAAGGAGAUGGAGAGACAGAGAGUGGCUAUCGACGAACACAACAAGCAGUACUACGAGUGUAAGAAGAGGAAGGACCAGGAACAGAGUGCUAGGAAUGAGUUAUGGCGUAAAGAAACAUCGCUUACACAAAACUUGUCGUCACUGAAAGAAGAUUUGGCUAAAGCUGAUCAAGCACUGCGUUCUAUGGCUGGCAAGCCUAUCUUGAACGGGAGGGACAGUGUUCGCAAAGUACUAGAAACAUUCCAAGAGAGAGGAGGAGAAUGGGCCAAAAUAGCAACACAAUACUACGGACCCGUGAUCGAGAACUUCACGUGUGACAAAACUAUUUACACUGCUGUUGAGGUGACAGCAGGAAACAGGUUAUUCCAUCAUAUCGUAGAAUCCGACACAGUGGGUACUAAGAUCCUGAAGGAAAUGAACAGACAGAGCUUGCCCGGAGAGGUCACCUUCAUGCCGCUCAACCGACUGCAAGUCAGAGAUAUGGUGUACCCUACAGAUAAUAACGCCAUAGCUAUGGUUCAGAAACUGAAGUACGACCCAAAAUACGCGAAGGCUAUGAAGUACAUCUUCGGGAAGACUCUCAUCUGCAGGAACUUGGAGUGUGCCACCGAGCUCGGGAAACAGUUCCACCUGGACUGUGUCACGUUGGAGGGAGAUCAGGUCUCAUCCAAAGGAUCUCUUACUGGUGGUUACUUCAACCAAUCGCGGUCCCGUCUUGAAAUGCAGAAGACUCGCUCCGAGCUCAUGGAACAGAUAACGACAUUGGAACAAGAACUCAGUACGUUGCGGCAAGAGCUUAACAAAACUGAGACCAGCAUCAACUCCAUCGUGUCUGAAAUGCAGAGAACUGAGACCAAGCAAGGGAAGGCUAAGGAUAUAUUCGACAAAGUGAAAGCCGACAUACGUCUGAUGAAGGAAGAGCUGGGCUCAAUAGAAAGGUUCCGUGGCCCUAAGGAGCGGUCCCUGGCGCAGUGUCGCUCCAGCCUGGAGGCCAUGCAGGCCACUAAGGAGGGACUCGAGUCUGAACUGCAUCAGGAGUUAAUGGAGCAGCUAUCGACCGCGGACCAGGGUAAGGUGGACGAGCUGAAUGAUGCCAUCAGGCGGUUGACGCAAGAAAACAAGGAAGCCUUCAGUGCUAGGAUGAAUCUAGAAGCUACUAAGAACAAACUGGAAAAUCUCUUGACUAACAACUUGAUUCGACGUAAAGACGAGUUAGUGCAAGCUCUCCAAGAGAUAUCAGUAGAAGACCGCAAGCGUCGUCUAGCGAACAGCAAGGCCGACCUGUCCGCCACAGAGAAACGCAUCAAACAGAUCAACAAGGAGCUUGAAGAGGUCGAGAGGAAGGUGCAGGCCGCCGUCAAGAACGAAAAGGCUCUAAAACUUGAACUUGAUAAGUGGAGGAAUAAGGAAAAAGAAGCUCAAGAUAAAAUGGAAGAGGACGCAAAAGGCUUGGAAAAAAUGGCGUCUAAAGAGGUGUUAUUACAAGAGAAGAUUCAAGAAUCUCUGGACAAAAUAGCGGCGCUCGGUACAUUACCGAAUGCGCCAGAACUACACGCCAAGUAUCAGAAGCUAUCGCUCAAACAGCUGUUCAAAGAGCUAGAGAAAGCUAACCAACAUCUCAAGAAGUAUAAUCACGUGAACAAGAAGGCUUUGGACCAGUUCAUCAGUUUCUCCGAACAAAAAGAGAAGUUGUAUAAGAGGAAAGAAGAACUUGAUAUUGGUGGCGAAAAGAUCCGUGAGCUGAUUGAGACAUUGGAACACAGAAAGCUAGAAGCCAUACAGUUUACGUUCAAGCAAGUAUGCAAGAACUUCACCGAGGUGUUUAAGAAACUCGUGCCUCAAGGACGAGGCAGUCUUAUCAUGCGAGUCGCGACGGAAGAUGGACAGGAACCCACUACAGAACGUGCAAAAGCGGAUCCGUUUACCGGCGUGGGUAUCAAGGUGUCGUUUACCGGCGGUGAAGGCGAUAUGAGAGAAAUGAACCAACUCUCCGGUGGACAGAAGUCUCUCGUCGCUUUAGCACUCAUCUUCGCCAUACAGAAGUGUGAUCCUGCACCCUUCUACUUGUUUGACGAAAUCGAUCAGGCUCUAGACGCUCAGCAUCGUAAAGCGAUAGCCAACAUGAUCCACGAGUUGUCGACGUCCGCGCAGUUCAUCACGACGACGUUCCGUCCCGAGUUGCUGGAGCACGCUCACAAGUUCUACGGCGUCAAGUUCCGGAACAAAGUGUCGCACGUCGAGUGUGUCACGCAGGAAGAGGCCAGAGACUUCGUCGAAGACAGUGCUACACACGCCUAGACAUAACUAUUGGAUACUUUCAACGGCUGCCUUCCAAUUGGCUAUUGAAUUCUCUCUGAAGGAUAAGUCGACUGGUCUCAUAGAUUUGUCUCUCAAACCGAUUGCCUCUCAAUCUCGAGAUCCUUACAGAUAAGAAAAAGGGCUAAAGAGGGGGUUUAAGUCACUACGCACAUUGUCAAAUUCGUUGACUGGUAAUUAAGUGACUUUGUUUUUAAUAUCGAUGACGCUAAAAGUACAAAAGCGUUAAAUCGUCAGCUGUUUUAUAUUGAUUUAAUUUUUGUUAUAAUUCUUAGAAAUUAUAGUUAUAUCUGGACAUUAGCAGGAAUACGUUUAGCAAUGUUCAUUACCAAGAUUAAUUUGGAUUUCCGUGACUUUGUUUUGUAAAACCUAGCAGGACUAUAGAUUUACUUUAUUUAAUUCCAAAUUAUAGUUUGGACAUAUUACUAAAUUAAAUAACUCCGAUAGUAUUUUAUUUCCAUGUCUAUAAAUUUGUUGACAUUAAUUUCGUAUUAGGCUAAGUAAUAUUAAAUUUGUAAACAUCAGAUAACGUUUGAUAAUAUAAUAUUUUUGUACCGGUAUGAGAGAUGUCAAUGCAAUGUGAAUUAAAUUCUCUGUCUUUCAUUUGUUUUCGACAUCACUGUCAACUGUUAUUUUGAUGUUUUCUAAUGUUUGAUGAUGAGCGGUGUUAAGAAUGUUUGAUAAAUAUUAUAUAAUUAGUAUUAGACUC